CAUCUCCUGUCUACACCUCAUCAUAUUUCACGAGUCAUUCGUUCCUUAACAACAACCUAGUCAAUCGCCAGUAGCCGAUUCGCUCAAUCUCUACCCAUCGUACGCUUGUAUAUACGGCAACAAUCGCAGUGACUUGACCACAGAGACCACUACAAUCGCCUAGUCAUCUUCAAUCCAGCGCUGAAGCCUCCUCGAUUAUGAUGUAUCAUACCUCAAAUGGGUCGCAAUGACUCUUGUUCAGUGCGCUAGCCUUACAUCCGUCUGAUACCCACUCCCUACAACGUGGCUGUCUCGUCCAACUACAGCACGAGCUGGAGAGACGACCCUCUCUGUGUGCGUGCAUGCGCGCUCGUGUUCUGUGGCCGCCACCAACGCCCCGGCCGCAUCGAGGAUGAACCUGUUCCGCCCUCCAAACCCGAGCCUCAGUCAUGUCAAGUUCCUUUCUAUUCGUCAACAAGGAUGCUGGCAGUUCAUCUUUGACCCGAAGCACUGCCGCCGAACAGUCUUCGAUCAAUUCUCACGUUCAACGCGGUCGACGUCAUAUCCGGUCUGGAAAUCACUCUGGUCGUACCACUUCUCGUGCUAGGAGGAAAUCUAUCCGUGACGCCUCGAAUGGGGAGAAGGACGAUAUCAACGUAGAUGUCCCCUCUCAGGGCACCGAUCUCCAGGACACUCUACCAUCGUCUCACCGCAGAACCUCGACUUCGAGCGAGCUUCCCUCCCGCUCUCGGUCACUGACUCAUGGUUCUACCGUCUCGGCAACAAGCCAGUCUAUCACCUUCGAAUCUCGCCCAGAUAUCAUUCCAGAACACUCAACAAGUGGCAAAUCACGUGCGGGCAGACGAGGCUCCAUCAUCUCCCCUGUGUCCUCGAGGGCCCAUAUCCCCAGUCCUCAGGACAUCACCCAAUUCUCUUCAAACUACCUCGACCCCUUUGCACUGUCAGCAACCAAACUUGAUUCUCACGCUGCCAUGCUUUGCAACUACUUUGCCGACAUCUAUCAUCCGAGUGUCUGGAAUGCUGAAAGGUGGGGCUCCCAGGACGGAAGGUACACCCAUAUGCCUUCAGCCAGAGUCAUUGUCCAGCGGGCUAUGCAGAGCGAUAUUGAAAUGAAUGCCAUGUUGGCAUGCAUGGCCUCGAGGCGAGAGAAUGUUGACGGUCUUUCUAAUCAAGGGACCGACAAGUAUAUGGGAAGUGCCCUGAUGGCGGUGCGAAAAAGCUUCGCGACUGCAUCCAAGGACCAGCUGCUAAUUGUCAUCUUCCAUUUGUUUGCCGGCGAGGCAUACCGACAAAACUACCAAGCCGCGGCCAUCCACAUGAAAGCGGCAAAGAACCUCUUUUCCUGGUGGGGUGGCAUCAACAACGUUCCGGAUCCCGCCGUCCGAGAACUCUUCAUCCUCGGUGAUCUCCAUAUGUCGGCCGUUGUCCUCCAACCCUGCCAGUUGCCCUGCGUCUAUGACCCUGGUCCAUAUUGGGCAACCACUCCACCAGAUCUACAGUUGGCUCCAGAACAAGGUCUUGAGCGCGCGGCUAUGGGGUUCCGUGGAGCCUCAAUGGACGACUUCCUCCCUAAACAACUGGACAGUGUAGUUGAUGAGAUAGCAGAGUGUGCCUGGGUGUUGCACAACGGCACUCAAAAACCAUCCGCAACCUCCCAACAUGCUGUCAAAUGGGUGCAAUGGCGCAGUGCAGCCAUUCGAUACCGAUUGCUAGCCCUAGAAUUUUCUGACCCCAGCUUAGAAGCGAUUCGAGUCGCGCUACUUUUGUGGGUUUUGAUCACGACAGUCUUGCUCGGGCUGCGCAUGCUCGGUCCGCGGAUCGCUCCUAAACUCCAAUUACUGCUUUACACAGCAAGCAGUGCACGUCAUCACUGGAGAAAUCAGGUGGAGAUCCAGAUGUGGGUCACCUCAAUGGGGGCCAUGUGCGCAGUACCCGACAGCGAAGUGGAAAGCUGGUGCGUUCGCAAGCUAUUUGACUUGGGCCUCGCAGAGAACAUUCGACUCUUUCGAAAAAUUCACGGGCCCGCAACUACGACGGUGGAUGUGCUGAAGAAUUUCCAAGAAAAGUUCUUCUACUAUGACAAGGUGCAGAGACCACGAUUAGAGCGACUGGCGAAGCUUUUGCUUGUGGAUAGCAACUUGACUGCCCAAGUAACUCCUCCUGAUUCGUCGAGUCGUAGCACUGCCAUACACGCUGAAACGGACUGGAUCAGCCAGAGUCUCGACCGCUCGACAUUCUCAGGCCUACAGCAGAGCGACCUAGCAUGGCUAUGACGUGACGUUGUCUCGGGACUGGAAUCUACGUGAGCGUAACGAGAUAUACCAUGCAACUCGAAGUCGAUGGAGAUAUGUGAUGUAUGGAAUGGGGACAUGUGAAGUCGGCAAGAGUCGUUCUACCACCACUCGUAUACUUGGCACGUGCAUCAGAGUGACAGGCAUCAUGAGUGAGGGUGCGCCAUGGCGCGGGCGGGAUCUGCGACGGAUAAGAUGAGAAGAUGGGCGACAUUAAGAGGUGGACUGUGCAAGAGCAACUAAUGACAACACAGGCAUGACAGGAUAAUGCGACAGGAUAAUGAGGAUGAUUUGAGGUUGCCAUAGGGUAUACCUGUCACGAGCGCCGCCUCCAAUUUACCACUGUCGAUCCGCGAUGCCUCGGAUGUGAUGAUCGAUCGUGUUGGAGCUGUUCAUCAAGAUUGCUGUGCACGGAUGUCACGUGUGAAGCGGAGGAUCGAUGAUCCAUCAUCGCAGCAACCACGGAAUCGGGGAAACCUGGCCGGAGGUGGGUUGCGACGAGUUCCUACUCAACCACUACUAUAUGCCUUGAGGUACGGGGUAAUCAUACUGCGCAUGAUGAAGUACUUUUGUACUUGGUUGUUGAUAUACGUCGAUAGUGGUCUCGACUCGAACGAUGCCCAGGAUUCUAGCGACGCUGGAAGUGGUAGGCUCUCUACGGUACUUACAACGUUGAUUGCACAGCCGGCGCAUCAUGGUCACUACAGUCGGACGUACCAUUGCUGCAUCACUCGCCUUGGAUGCUUCCUCGUUGCGAACCUUGGCAUCUGGGAUUCUUCUUGUUGUUCUUCUCGGCCUCCAGCUUAUCAAGUUCCCUGGUCCAACACUGGCGGUCUGCAACUGGAUUGAGAAUUUAAUAAGGUGCAGAAAAUGCCUCACGACUCCAUCGCGGUACCUCGCUUACAUGGCAUAUCUGACCGGCAAGAGUGACAGAUGUUGAUAGGGUCUGUUUGAUGAAAAGUAUCAAGGCCAUACUGAGGUUUGCGCACAGCAUUUUCUAGAAUUGGUCGUGAUGGUGGAGAUGGUAUCUCAACCGAGAUGCAUUGUCGAUUCUACGGUCUACCGUCUACGCUGCUGCCGAGUCCUCGAUCAGUCUUGUGCAUAGUUCCAUUGGCAAGGAUGGAGGACGAACAGCGAGGGUGCAGGGUUGGUAAGACGUUGCAAGAGCAGCUUUCCACGUGGCGCCCAUGCACACCGAGGCAAAGAGCAAGCGGAUACAAUAAAGGCGGGUCUAGCGUUCCAUCCUGGCCAUGCACGCGACUCUGGGCACGGCACUUACCACCAACCGACAGUACUCAUACUCGUGGGAAAGAGUCCCAGUCUGACUGUGUUUCCACAACCUGGAUACGCAGGUACUCUUACUACGGUUGCUGUCAUCCUGCGUCCGAACUAUAUCGUCUCUCCCGAUAGUCGGCCGCCAAUGGCAGACCUUGGUCAAUUACACCGAAAGUAGUAGGCUCUUGGGCAUGGUCGGGAUGGGAUGAUCGAUAGUUUGAUGCGCCGUCGGGGAAUAUUCCCAAUAGGCGCAUUAUCUUUCAGAGGCCGCAAUCGGUAGACGAGAGUUUUGCCAGGAUUGUCCCAAUUGUCCAUUCAAGCUUGCGAACCCAGCCGACGGAUGGCGUUGGGAAUUCGUGACGGGUCAUGAGAAGAAGAAAAACUCUCUUUGCGCUCGAGAGCUGACUGGCUGAGGUGAUGCGCCAACGACGGGACUUGGGCGCAUUUCUAAUCGAUAGACAGCUGCAAGGGUCAUAUCAAGAUUCCGGGUGCCAUGAUGGAGAAUACGCCAGUACCUAUCCACUGGACAACGGACAACCAGUAGGAGAGGCUGGGUUCCUGACAGAAGUCGACUUGGCGCACAUGCAGAGAGGGAGUGGAAGCACGCAAGAAAUGCCCACUGACGCCGUGCCGAAGAGCCAAAUGGUUGUGGCACUGUGGAUAUCCAAAGACAGGUAGUAAACCCAUUCGCCGAGAAGCGAAAAAAGCAUGGCAAGGUCCAUAAUGGCAAUUGUGCAAUGUGCGGUUGUGCCCAAUCCAAUGGUAACAACAAAACGGAUCAAAG